CUCGCUGGACUUCUUUCCCCCAAAGCCGCGUGGCCGCCGAUAGCCACCAGACGGAGCUGAAAAACAACCAACCCACCCCGACUCCCGAGACCCCAGUGAUGAGAAACUAAAAAAGCCCAAAUGGCGGGGGGAGGUCGUCGUCUCCCCUCCCAGCGAUCCCCUCCCUCCGCGACGCCAUCUCCGCCACUUCAUGAUCACUAGGGUUUCGCUCUUCUACCCAUAAGCCCUCGUCCCGAUGCGCUGGUGGAAGCGCUCCUCCUCCCCUUCCCGCUCCGCCUCCUCAUCCUCAGCAUCCACGCCCGCUUCCCCCGCCCGCGCCGCCACCCCCCGUCUCAUCGGCGGUUGGGGCAGCGGCGCUAGCUCCCGCCGCGAUGGAAGCGGGGGCAGCAGCGAACCGCAGCCGCGGCUGAGCAGAGCGCGGCGGAUGCGCUUCGUUGUCGAGGACCCCGAGGUUGGGGUCUCCGCGCUCGGCGUGGACUCUCCGGCGACGAGGGACGCGGCGGCGGGGUUCGCGCUUGCGACCGUGAGCUCCACGCCGAUCUCGAGGUCUCCGAGUAACAUGGAGGUGGCGCCGGCGAGAUCCUCGUCGACCCCCGUGCCGCUGCCGCGUCCGCUGCCCCUUCCGUCACCGGCGCCAAAGAUACUCGACGGGGAGUGGAACGGGCCUGCAGCGGACGCUCCCGGGGUUUUAGAGACUGGGUGCGAAAGGAUGACGCCGUUACUCUCACGGAGAGUGGUGGCCCAAACUCCACCAAAGGCUCAUGAGCACAACGACUUUCAGUUAAAUGGGACUACCUGUUGUCAGCGGAGAAAGGCUUUUAAAGAGAAGUUUCAGGAUAAGAACUGUGUUGAAACUUUGAACUUCAGAUUAAACAUUCCUGCUAAAAGUGCUCCAAGCAGUGGGUUUUCAAGCCCUGUACAAAGUCCUCGAAGACUGAGUAACGUAGACUUCUCAUCUGCUGCAAUCUCUAUCCAAGAUACCAAUGUAUGGUCAGCACGGUCUCUCUGGUCUUCUGAUGCAAUGGGAUCUUCACCUCCUUGUGAUUCACCUGACAAGUUUGCGGGUUGUCAGGAGCGUUCUCCUCUCUCUAGUCCACUGAGAAGUCCUGUUUUAAGAUCAAGAAACCCAAGUGCACCUCCAUCACCAAUGCAUCCAAAGUUGUUCCCAGAGAACCAUGUUUCUCGCCCUGAUGGCAAUGGAAGUGCCAGUUUUCACCCAUUACCGCUCCCUCCUGCUUCUGUAAGCCCAAAGCAGACAAAUGUUAGCCACCAGUUAGUUCCAAAAGCUGAGAUGCCUUCAGUGGCUGGUCAAUGGCAGAAAGGAAAACUCUUAGGUAGUGGCACAUUUGGAUGCGUGUACGAGGCUACCAAUAGGGACACUGGAGCUCUUUGUGCCAUGAAAGAGGUCAAUAUAAUUCCAGACGAUGCUAAAUCAGCCGAGUCUCUGAAGCAAUUGGAACAGGAAAUUAAGUUUCUUAGUCAAUUUAAGCAUGAAAAUAUUGUGCAGUACUAUGGCAGUGAAACUAUCGAAGACAGAUUCUACAUAUACUUGGAGUAUGUUCAUCCUGGUUCAAUCCAUAAGUAUGUCCAUCAACAUUGUGGAUCACUGACAGAAUCAGUCAUCCGUAACUUCACACGUCAUAUUCUCAAGGGUCUUGCUUUCUUGCAUAGCCAAAAGAUUAUGCAUAGGGAUAUCAAAGGGGCAAAUUUGUUAGUUGAUAUUCAUGGUGUAGUGAAAUUGGCCGACUUCGGAAUGGCAAAGCAUUUGAGUACUGCAGCUCCUAAUCUUUCAUUGAAGGGCACACCAUACUGGAUGGCUCCUGAGGUUGUUCGGGCUACACUUGAUAAAAGUGCAGGUUAUGAUCUUGCUGUUGAUAUUUGGAGCCUUGGUUGCACAAUCAUUGAGAUGUUUACAGGAAAGCCACCUUGGAGUGGUCUUGAAGGGCCUGCUGCAAUGUUUAAGGUGUUGCGCACAGACCCACCAAUUCCGGAUAAUUUGUCCCCUGAAGGGAAGGAUUUUCUGAGAUGCUGCUUCAAGAGAAACCCUACUGAGCGACCAACAGCAAGCAAGUUGCUUGAACACCCAUUUAUCCAAACUUCAAACCACUACAGCCCGCAGAGCGCUCCACAUCCAUUUUCGGGAAUUAAAUCUCCAGAUACUGUGCAUAGCGGUGCAAGAGAUAAAGUACCCUGGAAAAGUGACUCAUGUAUGAGAGGGAAACAUGCAAAUAGUGAAACAAGCAGUGCUCGGUCGUCAGGGUCAUUGGCUUAUCAAUAUCGGUUGAUGACACCCCUACCCAACUUGGGAACCAAUAGCUUGUCACCUCCACCUUUGAGUUCGGCCUCCAGUUCUGGCUCUGCAGCACAUACACCGAACAGUAUGCAUUUUUCAGUUGCAUACCAUCAGCCUAGUCCUUUGCCAAAGCCUAAUGGAAAGGAAGCAAUAAAUUUGAUUUCACAUUGAAUAACAGCAUGCCACCUAUCACAACAUCUGGGCCAAAAGCCACAUAUAAACAGUGCGAGUGUAUCCAUCCCUAACAUCUGAUCCUUGUACUGCAAGUCAUAGCUGACAAUUUUCUGGGUCUUGUAAAAAUAUUUUCCAUGUAAAGAGAUCACCACGGUAUGAUCACAGGGAGCCUUGUGAAGUCUGUUGUACUGUUUGAUUUCUGGGAACUGAUUGCAUUUCCCAUGUAACAUAUUUAUUAGGGUGUAGCUGUAGGGAAAACUAAUGGUCCUGAUUGUGCCGACAAAUAGGACAUUAGGGUUGUAGCUGUAGCAUGUUGUUGUUGAUGUUGUGUAAUGAUCAUACUUGAUGUAAUCAUUAUUGAUUUUUUUGGGGCCAAGUAAUAAUGCACGUCAAUUGGCAAAAGGGGAUUGAGAUAGCAGAUCCA